GUAAAGCCUUUUCUCGAAUGAUUUUUCGCACACAAAUUAUACUUAAAAAUAAUUAUAAAUUACUUAGUUACGUAAUCGUGAUUACAAAGUGACUGAAAGAGCAAAUCUGAAUAUAUAACGUAAAAAAAAAUCAAGACACUAUAAGGAAGUUGGAAUCUCUCUGGACGACAUAAUUGUUGUUUUAUAUAUGCAAAAAAAUUAUUAUAAUUUUGAUCUGGAGAUCGAUCAAAAACCAACAAAUCUCUUCACAUUUGAAUGCACUGCCUCUGAUGAUAUUUCUGUACCUCGAUGACUUCUAUCAUCAAUAAACUUGCAAUCCUCGCGAUUCUUUGUGUUGUCGCGAGCGCGAUGGAAAUGCGGAUGACGGAUAUGGUGCAGCGUCACGUGAGAAGCUUGUCUUUUCCCGACGACAGCAGAAUGGGGUUGUUCUUCGCUCUCGCCGUGCCUCUGGACGAUCCGACGUCGACGAUGUCGGUGGCUUUGUUUCUGGAGGCGGAAUAUAAGUUGCCAUCGGAUGUGACGGAAAUCGAAUUGGCAAACGGAGAUAGCGAGGACAGAGUCAAGAGAAACAACGAUCGGCGAAGAACUAUAGAUCGCGGCACGGUCUACGCCAUGUUGGAGUCCAAAUUUGAAUCGUCGGAUGGGCUAUUCGGGACGUCAGUGUCUCCUUAGAUCUAUAUGUGAGACCAAGCGACGAGCCGUUCACGUCCACAACGGGCUCCUUGGCGAUCUGUUACAUAUCGUAUUCACACCGAGCACGUCUAUGCCCGAAGAAGAUCUUCGCCGGGAGUAUAUCGAUGCGGAGAACGUGAAUGAGACGGACGAAUGUCUGGCAGCGUACUCCUCUUGCGAACUCAACAUUUACGACUUCAUAACUUUUUCAGAACCAUGAACUUUUUUUUUCUUCCCACGCGUUGUGUGUAUACGCUUAUAGAAAUAUUUCUUCUCUAAAGGCGCAUUCACGCGAAAGAGCAACUCUA